UGAAAACAUCUUCAAAUUGUUUAUUCUGUAGAAAAUAAAAUGACAUCAUGGUGGUAAUUUCAUGGAAUUAAUGAAUGUAUAAAAACACAAUAAAACACGCUGUGUAAUGUUUGGGAAUUAUUCUUUUUUAGUCGUUUCUUUGCUACAGUCUCACACCAGUUUUACUUUGAAGGUCUCUACCGGAAGCUGCUCCCUCAGAUUGCCUCCCGCUUGUCGCUGCUGUCGGGUGUAGAUAACUUGGCGCUGCUGUGUGAGCGCACACACACUCAGAGCAAGUGAUGGGAGUCGAACUCGCUCCCUGACGCGCGUGUCGCUCACCUGGAGAGAUCUUCAGCUGAGCUCAGCUUUUUUUUUUAUUUUGUCUCUUUUAAGAAUAAAGAUAUAAAUCCAACUUCUCACACAGAGCUGGAGUUGAAGCAGGAGGUUGGAGGUUGGAGGUGGACGCACAGUUCUGCAUCAGUUUUUGUUGCGGGGGGAGAAUUACGCACGGCUGCUCCGGGAUUUUUGCGUCAUGGCUGAGGAGUGAGGCGCCCGCUGCCAACAUGCCUCUUCACUGGAAUAUAACUUUUCCACGGCGGUCCUAUGGAAUAUAGUCCGAUCCUGCACAGCCUACAUGUUGUGCCAUCAUCAUCCCACGUGAAGAACAAACUCUUCGUGUUCUGCAUCAUGCUGUCCCUCUGGGUCUACAUGAUCUACUGCUGCGUCGGAUACUGCUCCACGAUGCCCAACCUGGCGUACAGACACGAGAGCGACGCGGAGGCUGACGGCCGGGGCUCGUCUCUCGGUGCGUCCAGGGACCUCCUGAAUAACGAGAACGACUUGGACAGCAGAGGAGAGGAGUGGGAUGAGAUUAGAGGCGAGGCGAAGGCGCUGGAUGAUAAUGCCAUGUCGGGUUUCCUCAAUGAGUCGGAGAGUAAAAAGUUGCCCCAGGCGAUCAUCAUCGGGGUGAAGAAGGGAGGCACCCGGGCGCUGCUGGAGUUCCUGCGGCUGCACCCGGACAUCAGGGCGGUGGGAGCCGAGCCGCACUUCUUCGACCGCAACUACGACAAGGGGCUGGAGUGGUACAGGGAAUUGAUGCCCAAGUCGUCAGAGGGCCAGUUGACGAUGGAGAAGACCCCCAGCUACUAUGUCACCAAGGAGGUCCCUGCUCGAAUCUACACCAUGUCUAAAGACACAAAGCUCAUCGUAGUCGUCCGGGAUCCCGUCACACGGGCCAUCUCCGACUACACCCAGACUCGCUCCAAGAAGCCGGACAUCCCGUCCUUCGAGAGCCUGACCUUUAAGAACAUGUCGGCGGGUCUGAUCGACACCACGUGGAGCGCCGUUCAGAUCGGCAUGUACGCUAAGCACCUGGAGCGCUGGCUCCAGCACUUCCCCAUGGAGCAGCUGCUGUUUGUUAGCGGCGAGCGCUUGAUUAGCGACCCCGCAGGUGAGAUGGCUCGCGUCCAGGACUUUCUUGGACUCAGGCGGGUGGUCACGGAGAAGCAUUUCCACUUUAACCCGGCAAAGGGCUUCCCCUGCCUUAAGAGACCUGAAGGGAACAGCAAGCCGCACUGCCUGGGCAAAACCAAAGGCAGGACCCAUCCGAAUAUUGACCCAGAGGUGGUGCAGCGGCUACGGGACUUUUAUAAACCCUUUAAUAACAAGUUUUACCAGAUGACUGGUCACGACUUUGGCUGGGACUGACGGAUGUGAUGGACUCAUGCUGGUCCCUCGUCUGUGAUUUUUUAUUUGAUCACUCUAGAGAUAUUGUUGUACAGUAUUUGGUGGUGUGUAAAAAGUUCAGAAGUCUAUUUUAUGAUAAUUUAUUGUUACGAUAUUAACUCACUAAGCUGCCUAACCAGUUUUCUUCGUGCUCUACCACACACAGGUUUAAUUCUCAUGAACAGUUUUGUACAAGCACAAUGUUUUUACGGGUAUUCUGAGCAGGGUCGGUAUCCUUCUUCUUUUUUUUUAUUUCUUCCCCUUGGCUUCGAGUGGAUAUCUCCUCCUUCGACUUUUCCUCCAAAUGUUGCUCUCACUUCACCUUAAACUGAAUGAGAUCCAACUUUACAAACAACUGCUAAUAUCUCCUUAACAUUUGCCUGACCCUCAGAGGUCUGUGGACCCACUUAGUCAGGUCGAUACGGGCCUCAGCUGAUCCAGUGCCACUUGCCAGGUGGAUCAAUACAGUAAUAGCUCCUCAUCAUGUCAAUUAGACCUGAGUGAUGGCAUUGCCUUGAUCUCUGGAGCAGCGCAAUAAAACAUGGAUCCAUUAAUGGUCGUAAGUUUAUGGCUGACCCUUGAGCCAACUUCCAAGUUAAUAUAAUAAUACGAAUUUCCACUGCAAUAUUUUGACUUAACCACUAUUUAUACCGUUUCUACAAAGGAAUGUUGAUUUGGAUCCAAUAGAGGGUCCCGUCACGAUACUUCGGGAUGUUUUUAUCUGAAAAACCCGCUGCUUAGGCUUCAUAACGCCCGAUCAGUUCAUGCUCCUUUAAAAAAAUAUUCAUGUGGCUUAAUCGCAUUCAUCGAUCUGUCCUGAAAUGGCUCCCAUUGAUCAUCCUGUACAGCUCACCACAGGUGAUACGAGACGUGUUGAUGAUGACCCUUAAUCCAACUGACAGAAAAUAAGCAGUCCUCUAAAUCUUUAUCGAGUUUAUUUUUCAGUCGCAGCUGAAGAGAAUUCAAAUAAAACAAUCCUCGGACCAAAACUCCUUAAUUUAAAAGUCAUGCAUGGUUGAGUUUUAGUCAACCUGCUAUGAAAGAAACAUUCGUCAGCAUUUUAACAGACGUCGUUCCACAACGAUGUACCGCGACCCCGCAGUUGAGGCACUACUAUGCUGUAUGCUUUACAAAACGUGAAAAUGAAGCAGCUUAGACGAGUGAGAAGUGGAUUACAAAGGUGCAGUCGUGUCGUUUUUAUGAAGUAAGAAAUAAAAAUGUUUUACCAAAAUCA